AUGUCGACAAAAACUAAGAAGCCUACGGGCAAGACCCAGCGCUCGGCCAUUGCCGACGUUGUCGCCCGCGAGUACACCAUCCACCUCCACAAGAGAUUACACGGUGCUACCUUCAAGAAGCGUGCCCCCAAGGCGAUCAAGGAGAUCAAGGACUUUGCUACCAAGGCCAUGGGAACUACCGAUGUCCGUGUCGACCCCCAGCUCAACAAGAAGGUCUGGGAGCAGGGUGUGAAAGGUGUUCCUUACCGUAUCCGCGUACGCAUCUCCCGGAGGCGAAACGACUCCGAGGAUGCCAAGGAGAAGCUGUACAGCUACGUCCAGGCCGUUAACACCAAGAACCCCAAGGGCCUGCAUACCGUCCUGGUUGAUGAGUAA